AUGGCGGCGUCCAAGGCCGGGGUCCCGCCGGCGCCGUCCGCCCGCCUCCGCCCGCGCCAGGCCGCGCCGGAGCAGGCCGGGGUGCAGGCCGGGCGGAGGGGCGGGGGGCGCCCGGAGAACACCCGGGCCGCGGCCCCGCACGCGGACCUGGAGCGGCCCGCGGCGGACGGGGACGAGCAGCUCGUCCUGCCCCUGCAGGCCGUGCCCCUGGCGGCCCCCGACGUGGAGCUGCGGGGCCCGGGCUGGCUCGGAGUGCUGGUCCCGGAGGGGCCGGGCGCCGAGGCCGCGCUGCUGUGGCUGGAGCCGCCGGCGCCCGGCGCGCCCCAGUGCCCGGCCCUGGGUGCUCAGGAGCCGCUGUGCCCGCCGGGCGGCCUGGAGGUGGUGCAGCUCUACCUGCUGGAGGGGACCCCGGCCGUGGUCCUGGGCGCGGACGCCCCGGCGGAAAGCGCGGGGCUCACGGAGUUUGAGAAAGCCCAGGUCCAGCAACCUGAAGGAGAAUUGGCAGACAGCGCCCAGGAGCAGUUCUUCCUCUUGCAAGUGAGGCCGGCGGCUGAAGAAGAAACGAUUCUGACCAUUUCCAACUUAAAAGUCAAAACACAGCCCGAGGAACCGACCGCUGCGCAAGCAAACGUGGAAAAGCCUACAGCCAGGAACACGGAGAGGAAGACAACGGACCCGGGGAGCGCCUUCCGCUGCGGGGUCUGCCCGUUCGCCGCCUCCCGAGCCUCCGGCCUGAACCGCCACGCGAAGACGCACGCGAGCCGCCACGCCCACCUGUGCCACCUGUGCCACAAGCCCUUCCGGACGGCCACGCUCCUGCGCAGCCACGUCAACACGCGCACACGCACCAAGCCGCACAGGUGCACGGAGUGCAGCGUGGCGUUCGUCACACGUGGGGAGCUGGCGCGGCACCGGCGCUACAGACACACCCACGGGAAGCCGUUCCGCUGCUCGCUGUGCGCCUACGCCAGCGUGGAGGCCAGCAAGCUGACCCGCCACGUCCGCUCCCACACGGGCGAGCGCCCCUUCCCGUGCCGCGCGUGCAGCUACGCCAGCAAGGACGCGUGCAAGCUCAAGCGCCACACGCGCACGCCCUCGGGAGAGAAGCCCUACGAGUGCCUGGUCUGCCGCGCCCGGUUCACCCAGAGCGGCACCAUGAAGACGCACGUGGCCCGGAAGCACAGCGAGAGCGCCCCCAAACACCAGUGCCCCCGCUGCGCCGCCCUCAUCGCCAGGAAGAGCGACCUGCGUGACCCUCGGCGUGCCCCUCCCGGCGUCCACCUGCGCAAGCUGCACGGCCUCAGCGCGCUGGCGCUCAGGUGCCGCCACCGCCCGGCCGCCUUCCACGAGCGCCACGCCCUCCUGCGGCACCAGAGGGGCCGCGCGCGCGCGACCGGCCGCUCCCCCGCCGGCAGGCCGUGUCGUGACGCGUGUCUGCAUCCGGAAGUCUUCACCGCUCAGAGCCCCCGUUCUUCCCCAUGCCCGGCCACGCAGACACGAGCCACGGAGGAGGUGGUGUGGUCAGUGCAGCUUCAGCCUCAGACCGUAGGAAACCACGGGCGAGUCGGGGUGUGA